AUGUUCGACCCGUUCUUCUCGAAUCAUUCAGCUCACCAUUAUGUUUCAAGCACCGCUCCUAUAGACGAAAUCGAUACCGAUCUUGCGGCACUCUUGGCAUGCAUGUGUUUAGAUUCAAACGAUCAUCUCUCACCUUCUCCUGCAAUCCCUCCUGAACACACUACUUCUCAUCACGUCUUCCCAUGUCAUCCUUGUCCAUCAGAUCAUGAAGCCGCCUUCGCCCAAACUAAACGACUGCCAUCUAGUCCUCUUUUAGCCACACAUCAGAAUCCCAUCCCAACAAUAGAGCCUUCAUCCAAUUCUACUCAAAGAAAACGCUUCCAUCCAUAUUCAAAACAAGUGACUGAUCAAGAUCAAAUAUCAAAGAAAGCAGGUGGUGCUAUACCGAUCACUCGAAUAGCAUCCGAAACUUCGAAAUACCUUGAUCCAACCAUGACGGUAAAUGACUUUUGGCAGGCUAAAGAACUCCGAGAACGGUCCAAGUCAAAAUUGAUGAGACGCUCAAAUGCAUCAGUCACACGUCAGCAAGGCAGAAGUAAGGAUAUGGAACAUUUCUCAACGCCUUCAUCUCGCAUUCCGAAAGUGGUAGAUGACACGAAAGCAUACCGCAUGAGGAGGAACAUUGUUUCGACGCCUAGAAUCAGAUGUAAACCUACGAUAUCUGAAGCUGGUUUUAGACUCAUAGGAAAUACACUCGGUGGUAGGAGACCAUCGAAAAAUCAAGCUAUUAGCGAAAACAGAUCAGAUAAAGAUACGGAUCAGGUAAGUUUAAGUGAGAGUCUUCACGAUUCUUUCGUUCGAUUGAUCGAUGGGGAUAAGACAUCGAGAGACCUCUUGGGUAGACCCGACGGUCGAACAGAGAAGACUUUGAAUCAUGAGGAGAAGGUCGAUUUGCAGAGAAGGUUGAGCAGGAUCAUUCACGAGUUAUGA